CGGAUAGUCAUUAAGCAGCCAUAAACUCUGUAAUAAUUUUCAGGACGACUUUUUCAAACUACCAAUUGGAAGAGCUAGAGCGAGCCUUCCACAAAACUCACUAUCCCGAUGUAUUUUUCCGGGAAGAACUGGCACUCAGGAUAGAUUUGACGGAGGCCAGAGUGCAGGUGUGGUUCCAAAACAGGCGAGCCAAAUGGAGAAAGCAGGAAAAAUAUAUGAAUAAAACAUUGGGACAGAUGCAGAACCAUAAUGGGGGAGCGGGCAUGUCGAUGCAUUUAUCAGGUUGCCAACCACCAAUGGAAUCUCCCAUGCUCAAUUUUCAACCAACCGAAAACGUAAACUCUCCAAAUCUCUUCAUGGGCUUAGAAUGGUCCAACAUGGUCCAACCAAUAACAUUUUCAAAUAUCAAUUCUACAGAUCUACCUUGUGUUGAUCCACAUCAGCUCAUAGAAACACAUGAAAAUAAUAUGAGUGAUCAAAACCCUUGCCAGAUUGACAUAUCGUUGGCCGAUCGUCUGAGUAAUCCCGACAUUCUGGAUAAAUGUUCCUUAGAUAACGGUACAAUAACAAUUUCCAUGGAAAAUCUCUUGGAAAAUAAUAGUUCUCAAAAAAAUGUCCAGAAUAACGGCGGAACCUCAGAUGCCCAUCAAGUUUUGGAAAGCUGUGCAUUGGACAACAUAGAAAACUGUCCGAUAGAAAAACGAUUAAUUUCCAUAGACGAUGCCAUGGACGACUCAAUGGAAACGACUAGAAAUGUGCUGCUUUCUGAAAUGGAAGAGGGUUGUAUGACGUUGGGAAUUUCGGGAUGUAGUCGGGACGAUGACGAUAUUUCGAUAGAUUCGGAUUUGUUAACACUGAAACCUAGGAUUCGGGAUGAGGAAUGUUGUGAAAGUGACGUGGAAUAAGAAUGUUAAAUUUUUUUUAAAUUUGUGAAAAUUUACAUGCUAAAUAAAUAUUAAAUAAUAUGAAUAUGGAAGAGUUUCGUUGAAAAUUACUGCAAUUUUUACAAAACUAUGACUCAGUAACCAAUUUAGAUUGGUGUUUGUUUUACUAUUUUCAAUACCUAAUAUGUAAUUAUUAUGUAAGUUCUGAAUAAAUAUUUCG